AGCGGAGCACUGUACUGAGCGCUUGGAAAGUACGAGAGAGGCAAGGUCCCCGCCACGGAGUCCGGACGCUUUGGGACGGAGUGAGCGUCGAGGGCGAUGGCGAAGGACCUGAGCCAAGAGGCCCUGCUGGACUUUCUCUGCGAGGCCGGGGGCCGAGUGACCAACGCCGCCCUCCUGGGUCAUUUCAAGGGGUUCCUGCGGGACCCCGGGGCGCCCCCCCACCUCACCCACCGGCGUCGGGAGCAGUUCAAGGCCUGGGUCAACCAGCUGGCCUCCGUGCGCCCCGGUCCCAAUGGCACCAAAUUCGUCGUCCUGCGAAGGCGCUACCGGGGCCUGCUGGGGGAAGGGGACUUCGGGGUCGAGGGCGAGGGUCCCAGGGAGCGGGGGACGGCCGGGGGUCGCCCUGGAGGUCUCCCGCAGCCCCCCGGGGUCCGGCACCCGCCCCCAUCUCUGGUGUCCCCUGGGAGCGGUGGGCCCUUUCCUCUGCCUCCAGCCGUCCCGCAGGAGCGCACGAGGGAUUGGGUGGCCCGGCUUCCCACGGUCACCUCCCCGUGCCCCGACCCUUCCCUGGGUCCAGCCCCUGCCCCGUCCCUGGCCCCAGGACCUCCGCCCAUUUUCAGGAGCAUCCGCUGCCAGCUGGAUUUGCAGGACCUGGGCGACUUCGUGGAGCAGGUGAGCACCUGCAGCGAAGAGAGCAGCAGCAGCGACCGGGAGGAGGAAGCUGGGCCGGGCCUCGCCCUCUCGCCCCCUCCCGAGGCGGGCCCCAGCCACCUUGGACCCUCUCCUCGCUCCCUCUCGCCCCAGACCCCUCUCCGGACCGUGAGGGCCAAGCCCACCCGAGCGGAGCCCCCGGCCGAACCGAAACCGGUCCCUCGGGAGGGGUCCCUGGUCCCCCUGGACGUCCGGGAGCACGAGUGGACGGUGCGACUGGCCAGCGGCGCCUGGGCCCGGGUGCUGGCCCUCCUGCGAGAGGACCCGCGGCUGGCGCUGCGCAGGGACUUCGUGACCGGCUACACGGCCCUGCACUGGGCCGCCAAGCACGGGGACAGACUUGCUCUCCGGGGCCUGGUCCACGGGGCCGGCGAGGCGGGCCUGGUCCUGGACGUGAACGCCCGCUCGGGCUGUGGCUACACACCGCUGCACCUGGCCGCCAUGCACGGACGCUGGCCGGCCAUGAAGCUGCUCGUGCGCCAGCUGGGCUGCCGGGUGGACCUGCGCGACGUCAGCGGCCGGAGGCCUUGGCAGUACCUGGACAGCAACAGCACGACGGGCGACAUCUGGCAGCUGCUGGGCGCCCCCCGGGGGAAGCCCAUCUUCCCCACCGUCCCCCUCCCGGCCGCCACCCGCAGCCCCUCGCCGUCCAGGAGGGCCCGGGCCCGGAGCCGGGACGCGGCCCGGAGCCGGGACGGGUCCCGGAGUCGGUCGCGGAAGCCCUCCCUGGCCGCCUUGUUCAAAGGCCAGCAGGGCAAGCGGAGGGCGGCCCGCCGGGAGGAGGAGGACGAUGUCAGCGACUGACGGGCUGGUGCUGAGGGGAGAGAGUGGGUUCCGUGGUGGGGCGCCUGCCUCGAGGAAGAUCUGAGAGCUCCAGAAGAUGCGCAGAAGCUGGAAGUCUCAGUGGGGAGCUGGGGAGCUCGCCCCCGCCUAGGCCGCGGGCAAGAGGCAGGGGUUCAGCACCCUUUUGCGGCACUAGAAUCGGCCACCGGUUGGGAUCACCUUGUGAGGACUGCAGGGCGGUCAUUUCAGAGUCCGCCCCGCUUGUCCGGGCCGGCCGGGGCCGGUUCCCAACCUCAGUCCCGGGCCGUGGUCUGACCCGCAGAGAGAGCCGUCGCCUCUCCGUGGGCACCUGAGGCCCGGUCGGGCAGGUGAGGGACCACGGCACUCCUUAACGGAGAGAUACUUGGGGCAUGGCUUCUCCUCUGUGGAUGCGGGCCUAACACCCUGUCAGAACCCGCCUGGCCCCAGCAUUAAAGGCAGACCCCCGAGUCCUUACCCACAGGUGCCCGGUUCCUUGUCCGGUUUGCAAACCCCUGGCUGGGUCACAGGUCAGAGGGGAAGGUCCCAGGACCAGGGGCCUCUGGUACAUGAAGAGGGAGAAGUCCUGAUUUUCCUUCCAGGGAGUGGAGAGAAAUUCAGCCUGGUCCCUGCCCCCUGCUAUUGUCAGAAUCAACGGAGAUGUGCUCCUGAGCUGCUAACUCUGCUCUCGUUGCACUACGCUUAGGGCCGGCUGGAAUAAUUGGAAUAUUAUUAUUGGAAUCAUUAUUGGAAUAAUGGCCAAUCUCCCAAACCACUCAGGGCUGGCCCAGAGUGAAAGCUUUGGGGUAAUAAGCUAAAGUCAUUCCUUGUGAGGGGGAAGACGAUAUCAUUUUACAUAGGAAGGUUUCCCCGUUUGACCUAAUAAAACCUACUCUUGAAUUCA